CUCAGCUUUGGUUAACUCUCGUCUGUUCCUCUUCCUCUUCCUCCCCCUCUCCUUCGUCCAUGCAGCAAAAAUGUCUGAACCCAGCGGAAAUACCCCAGGCCCGUCUUACGGCAGCUCUACGCCGAAGGCUGUUCCUAGUCUCGCCAAAAAGCCAGACACUACGCGAGGCGGAAGCACGAAACUGAAAUUCAUUCCGACGUUACCUGCGAGGAGAGUGAAGGAGGGAUCCAAGAAGGAAGAAGCCCCCACCGCUUCCACGUCGUCAGAACGCGGAAAGGAACGCGGACGCGGGGGAUCAGAUGGACGCAGUAGAGGUAGAGGUCGAGGUGGAGAAGGCAAGGGCGGUGCGCCGCCACGACCGCCACCAGUCGAGAUGACUGCUAGUGGGCCCUUCGCCAUGGGUCCCGCCCUGGCUGGCGCCUCCGCGCGCCGAACAGCUCCGCGCACAAACUUCACACCAGCUGUUCUGCAAGGUUCCGGUGGUACCUCGCGUCUCGGAGCUGGCCUCACACAAACGGAGGCCCCCAGUGUUGGAGGUGCCAAAAGGGAGCAGAUGCAGGCGGGCGUGCUAGGCACGGCGGAGAAAGAACAGAAGCUGGAGGAGCGAGAGAACGAGAUGUACUCGGAUCCGGAUGAGGGCGUUGAGAUCGUAGACAUGGAGAACGUCAGGACGAUGGAUUGGAUGGCGCCGGAGAGCUUGAGCAAGGAGAAAAAAGCGACUAAGAGGAAGAAAGUGAAGGCUGAGGAAAUGUGGAAGAAGGGCAAAGGUGUGGCAAAGGAGGAGGUAGCAAAACCUGAGCCCGAAAGAGUUGACGACGUAAACCUUGCGAACGCGGUCGAUCUCAGUGAGAGUGAAGAGGAAGAGGAGAUAGAGGAUAUCAUGGAUGACUUUGCCUUUAGACAUAUAGAAACAGACGACACGAAGGACAAGGGCAAGGGAGUUGCAAAACCGGAAGACGGAAGCAAGACCGUCACUUUUUCAGAUGAUACCAAGCCCCCCGCUCCAGAUACCCCGCAAGAACAAGCGGCGAACGAGAGUACAUCGGAACAGAAAGUUGAUGGCGUCAUUGGCCAAUUGGAAGUUUACGAAAGUGGCACAGUCAAGAUGAGGCUGGCGAACGGUAUUGUGAUGGAUGUCACUGCUGCCACACAGCCAUCGUUUCUACAACAUGCUGUCCACCUGGAUCCAACAGAAAAACGUCUAUGCGUGCUGGGGGAGAUCAACCGGCGGUUUGUCGUCUCCCCGGACAUCGACACGCUCCUGUCUGCAAUGGAAUCAGCAGAACGGGAUCAGCCCUCAGAGCUUGAAGCUGACGAGCUCAUCAGCAUGGACACCAAAUAG